GCGACAAAAGCGUGUGUGAGUGUGUGUGUGUGUGUCUGUGUGUGUAUGCGAGAGAGUGACAGAGUUGCGGCAGGGCAGAUCAGAAAGUGCCUGUGGCUGCUCUCUCGCCGGCUUGCGCGCUUCUCUCCGGACCAACAGAGUCGCACGAGACUGGCGACACGCUCCGAACCCGGGUCUGCCGGCCACGGGUGACCCGAGGAUCCCACUUUGACGAACAGUCUCGGGCUCCGCUGGCAGAAAAGGUGGAACUAAACUACAUUCAUUGACUUGUGAGCGAUGCACUGGCAGCAUGGCCAAGUGGUUCAAGGAGCACCUAGGAUUCAAAACUACCAAAGCACCCCCUCCGGCGCCUCCGAAACCGGACUACAGACACUGUCCCACCGGUGUGCCCGGUACGCCUGGCUACCAACAAACAAGCUCCGGCGCCACCUUCCCGAGCCCAGCUCAGCCGGACAUCCUCGCUGCUUACAAACUUCAAAAGGAGCUGGACUUCGAGGACCCGUACACUCCAGGUGGAAAUAUUUCAUUUGGCCCGAGCUUGAACACUGUUGGGUCGCCGGAUAUCAAGUACGUGUCACCAAAGCACCGACUUAUCAAGGUGGAAACAAUCGAAAAGAGCAGUCCAGCUCCGGGCGGUGGUGUCACAGUCACCCAGGCUGUUGCUGUAGGGAGUGUUAAAUCUCCUACUUCACCUCCCUCGGACCACGACAACAAGGAGAAGCUCAUUAUCCUCGAAGACUAUGCGGACCCUUUCGACGCUGAGCAGGCUGGCGGCACACAGACCACCACGGAAAAAGUGACAACUGAGAAUGAUGGUUACAUGGAGCCAUAUGAAGCCCAGAAGAUGAUGGCAGAAAUACGAUCUGGUGGCCGAGGGCCUAAGGAAGGACCUGUGAGGCAGCUGCCCCUGUACGACACGCCAUAUGAGCCAGCCGAGAAUGGUGGCGACUCGGACCCUGAGCGCUCGCGCUGCCCGAGAGAAAGCCGACUGCCCCAGGAUGAUGAGCGACCCCCCGAGGAGUAUGACCAGCCCUGGGAAUGGAAAAAGGAGAGGAUUUCCAAAGCGUUUGCAGCUCUGCUUUGUUAUGACUGCAUUAGCUACGAGGGCUCUGUAAGUGGCACUGGAUCAGGUCCCCACAGAAGAAAGGACUGCACCUCUAAAUCCCUCACAGUAGAGAUUAAAGUGAUCAAGGACCUACCAUGGCCCCCUCCUGUUGGGCAACUCAACACCAGCCCUCCCCCGGUGGAGGAGCUGGAGUCUCCCUCCCAGACAGCUCAGCCCUCGCCAGGACAGACGAGCUGUGACCAGCACCACCAUGUCCAGUUUGAUGGUGUGGAGAAGUCUCGAAUGUCUCCUACAAAGGACGGGAAAACUCGCCCCCUGCAGCGACACUCCAGCGGCUGCCUGGUCAACACUAAAAUGACGUCACUAGACCACUGCAGCUCCUCUCUCGGGGAGCGUAUUGACCCCACCAUGCCCCUGGAAAGCCAGUUCUGGUACCAUGGAGCGAUCAGCCGAACAGACGCAGAGUCUCUGCUCAGGCUGUGUAAGGAGGCCAGCUACCUGGUGAGAAACAGCGAGACUAGCAAGAACGACUACUCCCUCUCCCUCAAGAGCAGCCAGGGCUUCAUGCACAUGAAGCUGUCGCGGACAAAAGAGAACAAGUACAUCCUGGGCCAGAACAGCUGCCCUUUUGACAGCGUGCCUGAGAUUAUCCAUUUCUACUCCAGCCGCAAGCUGCCCAUCAAGGGUGCCGAACACAUGUCCCUGCUCUACCCUGUAGCCAUCAGGACUCUAUAGUGCUAUGGGUCACCUGCAGGCAUCGGGCCCUGCAGUACUCACUGGACCACCCUGUGGCUCCAGUCUUCCUGUCCUUCUGGACAGAGCCCUCUCAGCUCAUGGGAAGACAAACAGUUGCAUCCCAAACUGCUGAUCCUGACUCACCUCACUGGCCGACAGAAUCCAGACCUGUUUUGAAGGCCUACUGCAUAGUUUCUCAUACUUACAGACUCAAUGUUUGCAAGUCUUUGUUAUUUUAUUUUAUGUUAUUUUAUUUUAUUUUAUUUAUGACAGGCACCCACUUCAUUACAUCGCAGACUGACUAUCUGAUGAACAUAAUUUCAUUUACUCUUGAGCUGACUUCCCACAGCACUUAACACUCAAAGAAAAAAGAAAGGUACAACAUUGUAACAUUUGUCACUGGGGUGUACCUACUAUCAUAACUCGUUGUACCGUUUUUCCUACGAGUGCACAUCAUGGCAAUUGUGUAUGAACAAGUACGUCUGAUUUUCUUGUUUGGUUAGGCUCUACUGAUACUGUAAUUGUUUGUAAGGGGACUUGAAGAUUGUAAGAGCCGUGCCAGGGAAGCGACUUUUAUGAGGCAUGUUAAAGGAUAUUGUCCACAUGGGCCUCAUACAGUGGCCAGGAUAUUGAAUAAACUGGCCUCGUAUGAACAGUGAGUCCCCCACAUGGAGACAACAGGCCUGUGAGCUGUGCAGACUGAUCUCUCUAUCUUGUCAUAGUGCAUGCUGACUGCUAUCCAUCACUGAGUGGGUGUAUCACGCCAAUGACAGUGUAAGUACCAUAGUGGUGAGACAGGCAGGAGAGCAUGAUGGAUGGGUCAUCCCAUCUGACACAGUACAAUUGGCUGAGGCUAGAGACCAGAGCCUGUCCAAAUGGACCAAAUUACCCCCACUACCCCUGCUUAGAAUGGCUUUGCAUCGGGAGAAUGAAAUAUGCCUGCAUUGUCUACCUCAGAAAAUCAAUUUCAUUCGCCCAUCUGCAGAUCAAUAGGUACAAUGGGAUUGCAGACAUCGAUCUGCCCUCCCUUCGACAUUCCCAAUUCCCUUAAAAUUGCAUCAUUGGUUUUAGGAAUAUGUUUUUUAAUACAGUUAAUCCAAGUUUUUUUUAGGAAAACAUUUUCAUAAAAAAAAAAAAGAAGAACAGAUUUUCCAGAUCAGCAAUUGUAUGUAUAGUCACUAAUAUGAUACAGUGUGAUGUCAGUAACAAAUGUUUGGUUAAUGCCUUAUAAUGCAUGGAUCAAAUCAGUCAGCGAGAUCAGAUGAUUUCCAAUUCUGCUUUUAACGAUUGUUCUGUGACUGUAAUUUAUUCUGGGGUAAUUAUUACUGAUGUGUUACUCCUUUGUGAUGGCCCGGCACCCCCCCCCCCCCCCCCCCCCC